AUGGAUCCAGUCUCUGCAAGAACACUCUUGUUGAUAGGCUCUGGUCCUGGAAUAGGUGUGGCUGUGGCAUCCUUGUUUGCCCAAAAGCACUUUGAUCAUAUUGCCCUCUUUGCCCGGAACCCAUCUCAGUUGGAAGCAGAUCAAGAGACGAUUCUAUCUUCUGCUGCAGAGGUUGGUCGUCAAGUCCAUGUUCGGACAUGGAAAGUGGACAUCAGCGAUCUGGAACAACUCAAGGCGGCUUUAACAGAAGUCCAAUCCUUUGGGACACUGGAAUGUGUCUAUUUCAACGCGGCUCGCGUUGGUGGAAGCAAGCUCUUUGAUUUCCCUGUUGAAGAGAUUGAGCUUGAUCUGAAGGUCUCGGUGACUGCCCUCUAUGUUGCUGUUCAAUGGGCAAUGCCAAUCCUGGCUAAUACAAUGCAAACGAACCCGGGAAUCGGCAUCAAGCCGACGAUUCUAGUGACAAAUAGUCUUUUACCUGUGGAUCCAAUCCCUGAAUUAUUUUCUUUGUCGGUGGCCAAGGCUGCACAGGCAAAUUUGGUCAAGUCGUUGCAGAAGUCUCUUUCGAAGGGAGGUAUUCGUGUAGGAAUGGUUAUUGUGGGAGGGAUUGUAUCACCGGACUCGAAUUUCUUAAAUCCUACCACAAUUGCUGGACAAGCUUGGGAACUGUUCAACCAAGAUGGAGCCGAUUGGAAAGAUCAAGUGAGUAUCCUAGAGGAUCGAGUUGAUUGGUGUCCAUGCCUGUGA